UGGAAACUGCAGGUGCUGGAUUUGCGGAAUGUUCCCCAGAACUUCUGGAGGAUGUGGUCUGGAGCCGUGGUUGACACCUGCUCACCAGAAGACAUUAAGAAGAAUCAAACAUUGAAACUUGGUCCAGCAAUGGCAGCUAAGCAACCUUUCAAUGUUUUCAUAGACUUGAGCCUCAGAAAAAGACCCCUGGAUGAAUUCCUGACCCACUUGUUCCUGUGGGUCACACAGAGAAGGGACAGGCUGCACCUUUGUUGCAAUAUCCUGAAGAUCUUUGGGAAACCCACCAGCCACACCAGGAAGGUCCUGAGACUGCUGCAGCUGGACUCUGUCCAGAAGGUGGAAGUGCACUGCACCUGGGCGGCCUCCAGCUUGGCUGCUUUUGCUCCUUUCUUGGGCCAUAUGAGGAAUCUGAGGAAGCUGCUUGUCUCCCAGGUCUAUGUGCCUGCCUACACCUCCCAAGAGGAGCAGGAGCAGCUGCUCGCCCAGCUCACCUCACAGUUCCUCAGGAUGGACUGCCUGUGGAAGUUCUGUGCCAAUGAUAUCUUCCUCCUCAAGGGCCACCUGGAACUGGUGCUGAG